CAUAUUUGUACGGGGCAGCAGCAGCAGCGAUGGCUACAAGUGAUGGACGUGAUUAUUUUCAGAGAACACGUCUCUUCUGGAUGGUCACCCUGUCAGUGGCGCUGAUAUAUUUCGCUUGCACAGUGUUUGCACCAGAUGUAGUCCCAUUUGAGCUCCUUGGUCCAUUUGGCACCUUCUCCAAAAACUUUGCAUAUAACCAUCCUGAUCUACUGUACAAAGGAGACACAGCCAGGUUCAUAAUGGAUAUGAGGAAGUUUUUUCAAAAACAGGAGCCACAUUCAGUCCAAAGAGGGGAGAGAGGAAAGAGGGGAACAUGAGAAGUACAAGAGUACUAUCAAGUACAAGAUCAGGAAGAACCAGGUAAGAAAACAGACAGGGAGUACUAACAGGCAAAACAAAAAAAAGUUAAACUGGCAAAGACAAAAAACAACAACUAAUUUUACUCAUACAGUCUGGAAGUUGUGUUCUCCCUAUAUUAAAGCUGCUAUACAGAAUCUGCAAAACAAACUGGGUGGUCAGCCCUGGCACUGCAUUACCUUAUUGAACUUCAGUCAGAGGAAGUCACAGUUGCCAAAAACUUUUUGAAGCUCAAGAGUGAGGCUGAUGCCAUUCCAGAUAUGUUAACAUUGUACAAUCUUCUGGAUAAUCAGAUUUUCCCCACACUGAAAACUGUUAUUCAGGUUGCCCUAACAAACCCAGUUAGAGCUGUAUCUGUCAAAGGUCUUUUAGAGUCUGGAGUCAGCUCCAUACCUGGCUGAGAAGGACCAUGGGUCAAAGGAGACUCCAGCACCUGGCUGUGAUGUCAGUUGAGAAAGAGAUGCUUGAGAGACUUGACCACCAAAAUGUGAUAGACAGAUUUGCCAACCUCAAGGUGAGGCGACAUAGGUUAAAAGAAAAGAAAAUCUGCAGAGCCA